CAUGGCUCACAGGAUGGGUACGCCAUACCUCCAGAGGCUGCUGCAGAAAACCUUACGAGCGCACAUCAAGGAAUGCCUGCCCGAGGUUAGGCACGAUCUGUCCAAGAAACUCUCGAGUUAUUCCAGAGAACUCGAAGAUUUCAAGGCUGCUUUGGGCAGUGGCUCAAACUCUAAGCAGUUCUAUAUGACAAAACAAAUCCAGAACUUCAUCGAGGACAUCGAGAUCAAGUUAAUGGGACAUUCGGAGCUAAUCGACAUGAGUGAGCUAUCAGCAGGUGCUAUUAUCAACUUCAAACUCUAUACAGAAAUUCAGAACAAACUGAAACUGACUUUGGUACCAGAUGAACAGAAGCUAGCAGUAUCGAUAAUGAAUAUGCAUGGUAUAAGGAAUCUAUUGGGAAUUCAGCCGAUGAUUUUAGAAGGCGUGUGUCGUGACCUCAUUUCUCAGUACAAGAACCCCUUGCAGGAUUCUGUGGAUGCCGUGGUUACAAUCCUCCUUGACGCUGUCGCAGAAAGCGCUGAAACGAUGAAACCAUAUCCAAAUAUGAAGAACGACGUUUUAUAUGCGGUGCAGCGUUGCAUUGACAAAGAAGCUGAUAGUACUAAAGAGAGAUUAAAGUCGCAUAUAGAUUCAGAAAUGUGCUACAUCAACCUGGGACAUCCUGAUUUCGAUGGUGCUGUGUGCGAACCUGUUAAGCCAGUUGCUGAACCUGUGAAAAUAUGGGACUCUGCUGGGAAAGUAGAAAACUGCACUACUGCGAAUUUAACGUCGAAGCUGAUGGAGAAUGAAAGUAUUCAGCAAAAGGUCCAGUAUAUCACAAUAAUUAUCAUGAAGUAUCUUGAAAUCGUACAGAAACAAGUCAGUGACACAGCUAUUAAAUAUAUCGUCUUCUUCCUCAUCAAAAAGGUACUUGAUUUUAUCAAAAAGGAAUUGGUUCCUACGUUAGUAGAUUCGGGACACAUGAUUUCCAGAAACAUGUUUCAAGUGGAUUACUCUGUGGCAUUUGCGAAGUUUAUACAAAUCUAAGGAAGCAUAAUUUCAUGUGUAUAAUGAACGAAAUGUGAACAAUCAACGUAAGUCGCAGUAAUAUAAUCUUCCGAAGUCACAAUCAAGAAUGAUUAAAUACUCUGAAAUUUAAUCUUCAUCUAGUAUGGUAUCAGGUUUGAAGACAUUAUUAUCACAUUCAUCCAAUGAAUAUUCUAUUUUUUAGUGAAAUUACAAGCGUUUUUUUUUAUCUUAAAAUGUUAAUGAUUUUUAUGAAUAACUGAAUUUUAUAUUUAAAAUCGUCCUGGAAAAGAAAAUAUUAUUUGUGUGUCUGCAAACCGUGAAGAUACCGAUUACCCGCAAAGUUUCGACAAUACUAGUUAAAGAUUAAAUUUCUGACUUUUGAUAGUCACUGGAAGGGAAAAAUUAAGUUUCAUAUGCUGUGUUAUUAGGUCAGUUUCGUUUUCUCUUUAAUUGCUGAAUGAUUUAAGAAAAAAAAAAAAAGUUGAUUUCAAGAUAACUGUUUUGAAUUUCAACAGCAUGCUAUUUUCCGAAACAUGUUUUAAAUUUUAUUAAAUAAGAACAUUUCAAAGAAAUUUUAACCAGAAAAACACAAUAUUUUCCUUCUUGGACGAAAUACUUUUGCCUUUGAAAUAAUUCAUUGUAAAUAGUCUAAAUUUAACAAAUAUAGUAUCAAAUUUUCUGUGUGCUUAUUUAUGACAAAACACUCGAUGGCUAUCUGCCUAAGGUACUGAUGCCUUCGUGAAGGAUUUUCUGAUGAAAACCGGCUCAUAGUGCUAUUGCAUUUAAAGACAGCUUUAAUACGCACGAAACCUUUUCUCAGGAAUUUAAAGUCACAUGGAAAUACCAGCGUCUAGCGGUCUUUUCCACUCCGCCAUUGGUCAGCAGCAUCAGUUUGCAAUCGAGAGAAAUGCAUCCAAAAAAUGGCAUGAUAUUGCAAUCAGAACAAAAAGAUUUCCACUGGCU